AUGUUUCUUAAGCUAUUGAAUGUAUUCGUAUCAUUAAUAAUAUAUGUGACUAUUACACAAAUAAAUAUAUGCUUAUCAUUUAAUUUAAGAAAAAAGUUAUUUUUUAACUUAUGUAAAGAUCGUAAAUGUACAAAAGAAAGUACUAUUAAAUAUAAUUUCAUUUUAAAUAAGUUUUUCAUAAAAGAUGUAAAGAGUUACUUACAUAAAACGAAAACUGGGAAUCCACUUUUGGAUUCACACUUCCAGUAUGACCUCAAUAUGAGGAUCUUAGUAAAUACAAUAUAUAAAAGAAAUAAAAAAAAAAAUUAUAUUCAGCUGUAUAAUGAUUAUAAAAAUGGAUACAUUUCAAGUAAUUUAAAUAAUAAUGCAGUUAAAAACAUAAAUUGUACAAGUAAUGAAAAUGAAAAUAAAAAUAAAAAAAACAAUAAUCUAAAUAAUAAAUACAACUCAAAUAACUUUGAAAAAAAUAAUCAUAUUAUCAAAAAAGAUAUAUAUAAUGAUGUUAUCAAUAAAAAGGUAAAAAAUCAUGAAAUAUUAUACAAAAGAAUAAACGAUUUAAAAAUAAAAAGUAAUAAAGAAAAAGAAAUAGAAAGUCAUAAUAAAAAUUCAAAUGAUAUUCAACAGGUUAUGAAUUUAAAAAUAUAUUCAAAUAAAGAAGAUAACAAAAAUGUGAAUUCCAAUCAUUUAAACAAUAUUAAUAGUAACGAUAGAAUCCAACAUAAUUAUAUUUAUUCACAUAAUUAUAAUAAUAAUAACAGUAAUGGUAUCAUGAAGUAUGCUUAUGACAAUAGUAAAAGUACUAGGAGUAAUAAUAUAAAUGAUAAAAAACAUAAUCCUUCUAACAUACAUUAUAAAAAUUAUUCUUCUAAUAUAAAAUUGGAUUCAUUAUAUAUUAAUAAAAAUAAAACUAAUACAAAGAAAAUAGAUAAAAAUUUAAUUAGUAAUGAAAAUCACAUAAAAGAGGAAACAUUAAAAAAUGAAAAAUCAAAAGAUUUUAAGUUAUAUGAUGAAAACAUGGGAAAAACAUUUGAAGGAUAUGUUCACAGUGUUAGCAAAAAUGCUGCUUGUAUAAAAAUAUCGGAAUUGAAUAAGUAUGGAUUAUUAUUUAAAAAUAAAGCAAACUUAGGUGAUGAUAUAGAUGAUAUGAAUAAUUUUUUUGAGGUAAAUCAAAAAGUUUAUGUUAAAAUUUUAGGCAUAAGUAUAAGAAAAAAAAUAUACUAUUUAGGUAAUGUAAUUAAGUAUAAUGAAAAUAUAAAAUUAAAAAAAGGAGAAUAUUCAAAAGGAUUAAUAACAAAAAUAUGCGACUCUUAUUGUUUUAUUAAAAUAUUAAAAAACGGAAGUAGUGGCUAUUUACACAAAUCUAAAUUAUUCAUAUCAAAUAUGGAUAAUAAUCUAGAAAGUUUAUCCGAUUUAAUAGUAUCGAAAGAAGAUAAAAUAAUUUUUAACAAAAACAAUUUAAUAAAAUUCCAUUUCACAGAAAUUUUUAAAAUAUGGGAUAUAAUUGAUGUAGAGAUUUUAGGAGAAUCUAAUGAUGCUUUUAAAUCAAAUUAUGUUUUAACUAUUCCGCAAAAAUCAGAAACAUAUAAAAAAAUAAGAAAUUUUUUAAAUCUUAUUGACAGUAAGGAAAACAAAUACAAUAAUGAUGAUAAUAAUAAUAAUAAUAGUUUAAAAGAUAAAAAUAUAUAUAUAAAUGAAUUAAAAGAAAUAAACUCAUUUUUUAAUGAUAAAAAAAAAAAUACGAGAAAAAAAAAUAAAUUAAAUGAUCAAAAAGAAUAUCAACAAACAAAAAAACAAGAUUAUUUAAAAAAAAAUAGAGAAUCAUUUGAUAAAUUAAGCAAAAGCACAAAACAUUAUCAGUUACCCGAAAACAUAACCCUAUCCUUAUUAUCAAAAACAAUUAAAAUUUCCUUGUCAUCUAUUAAGAAGUUUUUUGUAAUUAAUGAAAAUAAAGAAUUUAAUUCAAAUUAUAAAUUAAAUAAUGAACAAUUGAAAAAAGUAUGUGAAUAUUUUAAUAUUAAUUAUAAUAUAGAGGUUAAAUCUUAUUUUAACGAUAUAAGAGAUAAACCAGAUAAUAAUUAUAAUGGAAAAAGUACAUUUCACGAAAUUAAAGAUUCCAAAGAUAAAAUGUAUAUAAGACAAAUUAAUAAAAAUGAAAUACACAAAAAUAAAAUUGACAAAAAUAAAAAUGAUAACAUUAUAGUUGAUAAAAAAGAGAAGGAUGAAAAGAAUGAAAAUAAAAUUACAGUUGAUAAAAAAGAGAAGAAUGAAAAAAGUGAAGAUAAAAUUAUAGUUGAUAAAAAAGAGAAGGAUGAAAAAAGUGAAGAUAAAAUUACAGUUGAUAAAAAAGAGAAGGAUGAAAAGAAUGAAAAUAAAAUUACGGUUGAUAAAAAAGAGAAAGAUGAAAACAAAAAUUGUGAAAUAAGUAUUGAUAAAAAAAAAAAAAAAAAAAAAAAAAAUUUAACGGAUUUAUUAUCUAAAAGAGAAAAUUAUUUGAAAGAAAGUAAUAAGGAUAAUUCAUUGAUUAAAAAAAGAAAUGUAGUUGUUACAUUUAUUGGGCACAUUAACCACGGAAAAACAUCCUUAUUUGAUUACAUAUGCAAAACCAAUGAGAGAAACAAAGAACAUGGUUUAAUUACUCAAAAUAUAAGAGCAUUUAAAGCUAAAGUAAGAGAUGAGUAUACUUUUACUUUUAUUGAUACUCCAGGUCAUGAAGCAUUUAUGCCUAUUAGAAGUAGAGGUGUAAAGAUAUCUGAUUUAAGUAUUUUAGUUAUAUCAGGUGAAGAAGGAAUACAAGAACAAACUGUCGAAUGCAUAAAAUUAAUAAAAGAAUUUAACAUAAAAAUUAUUAUUGCUAUUACAAAAGUUGAUUUACCAAAUAUCUACAUUGACAGAAUAUUAAACGAUUUAUUGGAAUAUGGAAUCACAACUGAACUAAAUGGAGGGGAAAUUCAAGUAGUUGAAUGUUCAAUAUUUAAAGAUGAUUCUGUAAAUAAGUUGCUAGACGCUAUUUCUUUAGAAUCUGAAUUUUUUAAUUUAGAGAUGAAUACUAAUGAGCAAGCUAGUGGAGUCAUUUUGGAUUCAUAUAUUGAUAAAAUUGGUAUAGUAUCAAUAAAUAUAUUACAAAGUGGAAUAUUAAAAGUGAAUGACUAUUUUUAUACUGGUUCUUCAUACGGAAGAAUUAAAAUCUUAAAAGAUCAUUUAAAUAAAAAUAUUAAAUGUGCAUAUUCAUCAGAUCCUAUAAAAGUUAUUGGAUAUAAUAAAAAUUCGCUACCUAAAGCAGGAGAUAAAUUUUUUGUUGUUGAAAAUGAAUCUAUAGCUAAGGAAAUAGCAGAGCAUAACAAAAAUAAAAUUCUAUCUAUUGAAAUGAAUAAUUUUAGUUAUGGUGGAGAAAAUUUAGACAUAUACAAAAAUUUUGUUAUAUCAAAUGAAAAUCCAAAUAAUACUAUAAUUUCAAUGGAUGAAAAUAUAAAUAAAGAAGAGGAUGAUAUAUCAUCAAAAAAUAUAAAUAAUAAUGAGCAUACUGAUUCAAAUGAGAAAAAUGCUAUUUUAAAUUCUGAAAUGGAUAAUUUAAAUAAAAAUAAGCAUAAAUUAAAUAAUUUUAGUGAUGAUGCUGCAAAUUCAUUAGAAAAUGACAUCCUAAACAAUAAUGAUAAAUCUUUAUUUCAAAAUAGUUUAAAAAAAAUAUACGUGAACUAUUUUAUUAAAUGUGAUAAACAAGGGACUAUAGAUGUUUUAAAAAACUCAAUUUUGAAAUUAGAAAAAGAAGAUACUAUUUAUAAAGUAAAGAAUAAAAUCAUAUAUGCAAAUAUUGGAGACAUAACUUCAAGUGAUAUAAACUACGCAUUAAGUUUUAAUGCAGUUAUAAUUGGUUUCAAUGUUAAAAUGUCAAGAAAUGUACCGAAAAAUUCCAAAAAUUAUAAUUAUAAUGUCCUUUUUUCUAAUGUUUUAUAUGAAUUAAUUAAAAAAGUAGAAGAGGAAAUGGAAAAGAGAUUAAGUGCCAAGCCAAAUGGGCAUUUGAUUGGAACAGCAAAAAUAUUAAAAGUAUUUAACAUAUCUAAGUUAGGUAAAGUAGCGGGUUGUGCUGUUACAAGUGGUAAUAUUAAUAAUAAUAGUAGUGUACGAAUUUUAAGGAAUGAUAAAAUAAUAUAUAUUGGAAAAGUUAUCUCUCUUAAAAUUGUUAAAGAAGAAAAAACUCAAGUAUCUGAAAAUGAUGAAUGUGGAAUAGGAUUUGAAAAUUUUAUAGAUUUUUUACCUGAUGAUAUAAUUGAAGCUUAUGAAGAAUAA